AUGCACCCCUUCGGGCCGCCCCCCGCGCCGCCGCUCUCCCGGGAGCUGCUGGAGGCCGCGGGAUGCUCCGCUCCCUUCCCGGCUCCCCGUCCCUCCCCGCAUCCCGCCGCCAGCCCUUCCCCGUGGCCGGGCGGCCCCUGCUCCCCGUGCCCGCCCGCCGGGGCGGUGCUGCCGCCGGGCCCCGCGGGCCGGGGGUGGCCGGGGAUGUCCCCCUUGUCCCCGCUGUCCCCGGCCCGGCCGCCCUACUCGUACUCGGCGCUGAUCGCCAUGGCCCUGCACAGCGCGCCCGGCCGCCGCCGCACCCUCAGCCAGAUCUACCAGUUCGUGGCAGAGAAUUUCCCCUUCUACCGGCGCGGCAGGGCCGGCUGGCAGAACUCCAUCCGACACAACCUCUCCCUCAACGACUGCUUCAGGAAGGUGCCGCGGGACCAGGAUGACCCGGGCAAAGGCAACUACUGGACCCUCGACCCCAACUGCGAGAAGAUGUUCGAUAACGGGAAUUUCAGGAGGAGGAGGAGGCGGCGGGCGGAGGGGGCUGGAGCGGCGGAGGCGGCCGGGGGCAGCGGCGGGGGCGCGGGGGUGGCGUGUCCCCCUGGCCCCGAUGCCACCCUGUAUGGCCGCGCCGGGGGCCAGCCCUGACUGGAGCCCCCCGGGCUCACCCAGGUGCGCUGAGGCACGAGAGAGGAGUAUUUUUGUAAGGUGUAAAUGAUACAAAGUUCAAGGUCCAACUUUACAGGCUGAGCUCUGUAUUUUCACCUUGAGACUGUUUCUCCCGGGACAAUAUCCCAUUGUAGGACCCUGGAAAUGCAGGAAAACACAAAAAUGAGAACCCCAGGAGGCUGCAGGUGCUUCAAGUUAUCCCAGAAUAGCCUUUAUAUUAGCUCACCUGGGUCCUGCUUUGGGGAAAUCCAUGGACAGCUCAGUGCAAGGAUCCCACUCCACUGCCAGAACCUUUCUUCAGGGACUGUUUAAGGUGAUGAUUCAAUGUGUACAUGGAGGCCAUCAUUUGUAUUUCUUUGUGCUUCUGCUGUUCUCUAAUUCUAUUUUUGUGUGUUGGAAAGAAAAGCAGAUUUUUUUUUUUUUAAAUAAAUCAGUCAAAUGGAGCAGGGAAGUUGCAAUCCCUGUAAGCAAAAACAUGGCUGGAGGGAAGAACUGCAUCAGGGAAUGAGGCUCUGGGCUAAUUGGGCAGUGAAGGCUUUAGUGGAAAAGGGUGAUGGGAUGCUGGGAUGGGUGGGAUCUGUGGUCCAGCCUUGCUUAGGUCAGGUUCCCCUGGAAGCCCAGAAAUAGCCUCACUGGGGUGGGUUCCUCAGGAGGGUGUCUGACAACAGGGAGCCAACACAGGAGCUUGGAUGGGGUUCCAAGGAAACCUGUCCACACUGGAAAUGCAGAAGGGCUGAGGAGCUGGGCCU